CAACUCUAACGCAAAAAGCUAAUGUACGUUAAUUAUUUUGCAUUCCUCGGAAGUAUAUACGUAUGGCCCCGGUUCCUAUCUCGGUAGCCGUCUUUCAUCUUUCAACACCCAGCAUGUCCAUGUCCUAGGCUAAGCUAGUGCUGAUGACCCCCUGUGGAGGAGGGAUCUAUGUACAAUACGUCUGGGAUGAAGAUUCUAGAGCAUUGAGGCCUACAUGUGCGCCGUAGUACGGGUACGUGUUUAUGUGUAGUGUGUAGGUAAAUGCAAAUGUAGUAUGGUAUUAGUUUUUUGGCCCCUCUCUAUCUGGGCUGUGUCACCUGUCCCUCGUCCCCCGUCCCCGUCCCCCGUCAAUCUACCUCUGCUUGCUUGGCCCCUCGCUGACGAUGGGAUCGUGGGCUCUAGUAUUAGUGCCACUAAGUAUUAUAAGUUCCGGGCAUCCUCCCUGUUCCCUGCUCUCUCGUCCUUCCUAACGCACAAUAAAUACAAAAAGUGCGGUCGGUCGUACUUCGAUCUGCACGCUCGAAUUUCGAAAGUGCUGACCGCAGACUUUCGUUUUAGCCCUUGGAGGCCGAGACGAUAUAAUACGUCUCUCUGUGUUUACGCCGGCGACAUCAAAGUCUCCUCCGUCGCAUUCACGAUUAAUAGUUGUACCUUCCAAACGGGUGCCGACCGAUAGCGACCGAUAGCUACCGAUAGCCGGAGUUCCUAAGUAGGGUAAGUGUGUCUCGCACCUCUCGCACAUUCCAUAUUCAUUACCGUGCCUUCCUGCCUUACAGGUAUAGCC